GUUCAUAAAGUAAAGUGUUUAUAGUAAUAACUAUAAGCUAUUGGUAAAUUAAAGUUUACAAAAUAUAAGUUUUAAAAAGUAUCGAAAUAUGUUGAAUAGAGGUUUUUAUGUUUCAAAUUCUUUAUCACAUUGUCAUGUAGAGUCAAAAAUGUAUCAAAAUUUUCGUACAGAAUAAAAUAGUCUGAAAAAAUGCCAAAAGCAAAACCCCAAACGAGGAUAGUGAGGGCUGCUGCUCCUGUUCGUGUUAUUCGUCCUGCCCGUAUCCGUGCUCCUGCUCCUAAGACGACGCCGCCAUGCAUGACCAGUCUGCUGGAUCUGCCGGAGGACAUCAUCCGACUGGUUCUAGACUUCCUGCCCAAAAUGACGGAUAAAGUGCUGCUGGCCUGUGUGGCCCCCAAGUUUCGAUUGGCCUUUGAGGGCUGGGCGCGUGCUCAAAAAAACAUUUUGAACAUUGAAACUCUGGAGACAGUGCCUCUGCCGGAGCUCAUAAGGUUCUUCAAGGUUGCUGGACCUUUUAUACGAGUCCUUCAAGUGGACUGUGCGUCCUUCCAAAAAGAAUCACUGCUCGUGGAGUUCGUAAUGGAAUAUUGUCCGAAUUUGGAGGAGAUCAAUUACUCUAAUGCCACCGAUGAGUUUCACUAUCGCAAUAUCAUGACCAAAAUGACUCAUUUGAAACGGGUUAGUAUUGAGUGCCUGGAUGCAGAGGAUGUGCUUAACUUUGAUCUGCAGUCCAACCAGGAUUUGGAGUCUUUCGAGCUGGUCAAUGGUUGCUAUACGGGUAAAAAUCUUUGUGGUCUUCCAAACCUUAAAACCUUGGUUCUUCGAGACUGCUUAUUAUGGAACUCUAUGGACUUUGGAAUACCUCUGAAAUCAUUGCACACAUUAGAACUCGACGACUGCUGCUUUGAGGUGAUGCAUCAGAGUCUAUAUCAGAAGAUAGCCGAAAGUUGUACAGACUUAAAGGAGCUCUUCUUCUCGGGCUGUGAUACCAACUUCGAGAUUAUUGCCGAGUUGCCAAAACUGGAGCGAUGUACAUUGAAGACCUGGAUGACCUCCAAUGAGCUGAAUAUUAAUUUCCUUAAUGUUUUGGCCCAGAACCGGGGCAACAAACUGACCUAUCUGCAUUUAAAUGGUCAGUUUCAGAUCACCAAUGAACAUGCCAGGUGUUUGGGACAGCUGAGUAGCCUCAAGGAACUGCAAUUUAGCAACACGGAUAUCCUGGAGGAUGAUCACUUUAAGUUCUUUAAUGAUCUUAGUCAACUGGAGCGUUUUGGUUUGGACUUCUGCGGUCAUGUGAUGGACAUUGGAAUGAUGAGGUUGUUGCGGAAGUGCCUUCAGCUGAAUACUAUAGAUUUGAGUGAUUGCGAGGAGAUCACCAAUGACUUUGUAAUCAACGCCAUUGGAUACUGCUCCAAGGGAUCCGGUCGCAAUUUGGUGAUCAAUGUAAAGGGGACUAAGAUCAGGCCAAAUAUCCUAAUGGUGGGUUAAUGCUAGUGCUUAAUUUUUCAGACUAUAUCUUGAUAAUUUUAUAUUGUAGCAUCCGGAUUACGUCGAUACUUUGAACCGUGUCAAGGUUAAUUUUAAUUAGAAAGACUGGCCGAAAAACAUUAAUAAGAUUGGAUUUACGUUUUUUAACGAUUUAUGUUUUAAAAAACAACAUGACCUUAAUAUGCUGAAAGUUAAAGGAAACCUUAUCAUAGUUGGCCAUUCGUUGAUUGAAACUUUCAAGAGAAAACCCAUUCAAGAUAAGUUUGAAGAGCCUUUGUGUGGGAGUACUUUCAAUUGAAUUCCUUUCCAUAACUGAACUGGUGCCCUUGGAAACCAUAUAUCUGAAACAAUGGGAUCCUCACCGAACUGAGUCAUGGUCUAGAGUCUGCCAUAAGGAAGUGGACGAUAUAAAUUUAUGAUCAUGCUCACAAUGCUCCAUUAGCACGCCGAUAAUUGCGGACAAGCGUGUGCGGUGUUGCUGCACUUUGGGCCUUUGGCUGUAACAACAAAUGGAAGCAGGCCUGCCUAACAAAAAACAAAAACAAAAUAAAAAAGAUAAAAAAUAAACCAAAAUCAAACAAUA